CCUAUAUUGAUUCAUUGAAUGAAUCCCUUAAAAGUAUCGAAUGAUGGAUUCCUUGUGAUAUGAUAGGAAGUUCUGCUGCUCUCUUGUUCGCCUCAGACUUCUCUAGGGUUUCUUCAAGUCCGGUGGCUGCACAAUGAAGGAAACGGAGAUGGUCGGCAAUGAUCUCAACGGCUCGGAGGAGGACCUGCUACUCCCCGAUUCCGGCAAUGGUGGGGAACGCUCCUGGCGAUUGAACUUCGACGGUCUUCAGCUAUCUGAGCACAACAAAGAGAAACCACCUCGGGGUCUUCAUGACUGCCUCGGUGUCUUAGGUCCAGAGGAUGUUGUGGCUGAAUACUACCAACAACAGGUAGAAAUGUUGGAGGGAUUCAGUGAAAUGGACGCCUUAACAGAACGUGGUUUUCUUCCUGAAAUGUCUCAGGAAGAGCGGGAAAAUUUGGCUAGAAGUGAGACAAUGGCCAUUAGAAUAUCAAAUGUUGCAAACAUGGUUCUUUUUGCCGCCAAAGUUUAUGCAUCCCUUAGAAGUGGUUCAUUGGCAAUCAUAGCAUCAACGUUGGACUCACUUCUUGAUCUCUUAUCAGGUUUUAUCCUGUGGUUUACUGCAUUCACCAUGCAGACACCAAACCCAUACCGGUACCCUAUUGGAAAGAAACGGAUGCAGCCAUUGGGAAUCCUCGUAUUUGCAUCUGUUAUGGCUACACUCGGUUUGCAGAUAAUCUUGGAGUCAAUUCGGACGCUGUUAUCUGAUGAAGGUGAAUUCAAUUUGACCAAGGAGCAAGUGCAAUGGGUGAUUGGGAUCAUGCUCUCUGUGACACUGGUUAAGCUCCUCCUAGCUGUUUACUGUCGCACGUUCACCAAUGAGAUUGUCAAAGCUUAUGCCCAGGAUCACUUUUUUGAUGUCAUCACCAAUGUUAUCGGCCUUGUUGCUGUUCUUCUUGCCAAUUAUAUCAAUGAUUGGAUGGACCCUGUUGGAGCCAUUAUUCUUGCCAUAUACACCAUCCGUACAUGGUCAAUGACCGUGCUGGAAAACGUGAAUUCCCUAGUAGGCAGGGCAGCUGCACCAGAGUACCUGCAGAAGUUGACAUAUCUUUGCUGGAACCAUCACAAGGCCAUAAGGCAUAUUGACACGGUGCGUGCGUACACCUUUGGGUCUCAUUACUUUGUUGAGGUUGACAUUGUGUUGCCAUCUGAUAUGCCAUUGCGGGAGGCACAUGAUAUUGGGGAGUCCUUGCAGGAAAAGCUAGAGCGUCUACCUGAUAUUGAGCGUGCCUUUGUUCACCUUGAUUAUGAGUUCACACACAAGCCUGAGCAUGCUCAAGCUCACUCUUAGCUCUUAAGGGGGUUGGGGCUUAUGUGUUUUGAGUAUAAUAUGACCAUUUUGUCUUCCUCCCAGAUGAAUAGCACUUCCUUUUUU